GGCGGCGACUUCCUCCGGGCCGGGCCGGACAGCGCAGGGCCAUGGCCGAGGCGGCCGCGGCUCCGAUUUCUCCCUGGACAAUGGCAGCCACGAUUCAGGCCAUGGAGAGGAAGAUCGAAUCGCAGGCCGCCCGCUUGCUUUCCCUAGAAGGCCGAACGGGCAUGGCCGAGAAGAAGCUGGCCGACUGUGAGAAGACAGCCGUGGAGUUCGGGAACCAGCUGGAGGGCAAGUGGGCCGUGCUGGGGACCCUGCUCCAGGAGUACGGGCUGCUGCAGAGGCGGCUGGAGAACGUGGAGAACCUGCUGAGGAACAGGAACUUCUGGAUCCUGCGGCUGCCCCCCGGCAGCAAGAGCGAGGCCCCCAAGGUGCCCUUUGAUGACGUGGCCGUGUAUUUCUCUGAGCAGGAGUGGGGCAAGCUGGACGAGUGGCAGAAGGAGCUAUACAAGCACGUGAUGAGGGGCAACUACGAGACGCUGGUCUCCCUGGACUAUGCCAUCUCCAAGCCCGAGGUCCUCUCCCAGAUCGAACAAGGGAAGGAGCCGUGCAGCUGGCGUCGCGCUGGCCCCAAGGUUCCAGAUGUUCCCGUGGACCCGAGUCCAGGCUCAGGGCCCCCAGUUCCUGCCCCUGACCUCUUAAUGCAGAUCAAGCAAGAAGGUGAGCUCCAGCUCCAGGAGCAGCAGGCUCUGGGUGUGGAGGCAUGGGCAGCCGGACAGCCAGAUAUCGGGGAGGAGCCAUGGGGCCUCAGCCAGCUCGACUCCGGAGCAGGAGACGUCUCUACCGACGCUGCCUCUGGCGUCCACGCCAACUUCUCAACCACUAUCCCGCCCACCUCCUGGCAGGCCGACCUCCCUCCCCACCACCCCUCCUCCGCCUGCUCAGAUGGGACGCUGAAACUCAGCACGGCCGCCUCCACAGAAGCAGAUGUAAAAAUUGUGAUAAAAACAGAAGUCCAGGAAGAAGAGGUGGUGGCCACACCAGUGCACCCUACUGACCUAGAAGCCCACGGGACACUGUUUGGACCAGGCCAGGCCACAAGGUUCUUCCCCAGUCCUGUCCAGGAGGGAGCCUGGGAGAGCCAGGGCAGCUCGUUCCCCAGCCAGGACCCUGUGCUGGGGCUGAGAGAGCCUACCCGGCCCGAGCGCGACCUGGGUGAUCCCAGCCCCGCAGUGACCCAGGACGAGACCCCUCCAGGAGACUGGCUCUUCGGGGGGGUCCGGUGGGGCUGGAAUUUCAGGUGUAAGCCUCCCGCGGGCCUCAACCCGAGGAGCGGGCCCGAGGGGCUGCCCUUCUCCUCCUCCGACAACGGAGAGGCCGUGCUGGACCCCGGCCAGGCCCCGAGACCCUUCAACGACCCCUGUAAAUACCCUGGCCGGACCAAAGGCUUCGGCCACAAGCCAGGCCUGAAGAAGCACCCGGCGGCGCCCCCAGGGGGGCGGCCGUUCACGUGCGCCGCGUGCGGGAAGAGCUUCCAGUUGCAGGUCAGCCUGAGCGCGCACCAGCGCAGCUGCGGGGGCCAGCCCGACGGGGUGCCCGGGGCGGCAGGCGGCGCACGGGACGGCAGCGGCCUCCGCUGCGGCGAGUGCGGCCGCUGCUUCACGCGGCCCGCGCACCUCAUCCGGCACCGUAUGCUGCACACGGGCGAGCGGCCCUUCCCUUGCACCGAGUGCGAGAAGCGGUUCACCGAGCGCUCCAAGCUCAUCGACCACUACCGCACGCACACGGGCGUGCGGCCCUUCGCCUGCGCCGUGUGCGGCAAGAGCUUCAUCCGCAAGGACCACCUCCGCAAGCACCAGCGCAACCACACCGCCGGCGCCAAGCCGGCCCGCGGCCAGCCACUGCCGCCGCUGCCCCCCGCGCCCCCCGACCCCUUCAAGAGCCCCGCCGCCAAAGGACCCUUGGCCCCCACGGACCUCGUGACCGACUGGACUUGUGGCCUGAGUGUCCUGGGGCCUACCGACGGUGGGGACCUCUGAGCCCCGCGCGGCCGCCCAGCCCUCAGGCCCCAGCAGGCCCCCGUGUAAAGAGUCGCCUCUCCAGAUGGCCGGGCGGCGUGCGCAAAGCCUCGAAGCCGGACAGACAGCGCCUGGAGGGGACACCAGAUUCCGAUUUGCCGAACUGCUCACUGGAGCAGGAGAAACUCCCAGACGGCCCAGCUUCCACCUCUAAACAAAGUAGAAUUCUCUGAUUGUGAAACUGAGCAGCAUAGAAUCUUAAGUAAUUUAAUUACGAAACUUUUUUUUUUUUAAAUUCUUGGAAGACAAAGCUGGAAAAUAGUAGUAGCACCAGUUUAAACUUUUAACAGUGUACCUUUGGUUUCUGGAUUGCGUGUGUGUUGUGGGCUGUGUCCUUACGGAGUCUUGACAGAGCCGCCGGGAGCUUGGCUGGCCGGGGAUGUGGGCGAGGAGGCACUCGGACCUCCCUGGCCCCAGUGACCCCUGGGGGACGGGCCGGUCUCAGCGCGCACACAGCCCCAGGGGAGUGGAGACCCGGCUCUGCCUGGGGCCAGCAGGGCGCCGUGGACGUCCAGUCGCAGCUCGGGCGCAAGGACGACUGAGCCGGAGUGGCCCGGCGUCUCCCAGCACCUGUAAAGGCCCUCCGCCCAAGUGCCGGCCCUGCCGUGGGCACCUGCCGCCCCAUGGCCCUGGGGCGCACGUGACUCGGGGCCUCGUGAUGGAGGGCUGUUUGAAGACAGCGGUAGGGCUGCAGAGGUGAGGCGGGGGGUACGGGGUGGAGGGUGGCGGGAGCAGAGCCGGCCACAGAGCCUGGCCUGUCGAGCCCCCCAUGGGGGCUGCCGUCCUCCGCUCCAGCCGGAUGCUUCCUUUUCUCCUCGUGUGGUGUCUUCUCCCGGUCCAAACGCUUCUGCUCCGAAUCUCAUUUGAUCGUUCCUGUGACCUAGUGAAGCACCCAGAGGAGCAUCCUUUCCCGUAAGAGAGGAGGCAGAAAGUUAACUCCGAGGGGGGACUCAGCUCAGCCUCUCGCGCCCUGCCUCCGUGUGCACAGUGAGUGCAGACAGCUGGCACGAGCCUCGGGUCAGCCUCGGCGCGCGGUUCAUCCUGGACCAGCAGUCUGGGGGAGGACAGCUUUUCGCGCUGCCCUCUUAAAAGAUUUGCCCCCUAACUGCCCGAGCCAGAAGUGGUCAGGCCUCACACUUCAGCUGAGCUGCAGCCUCUGUGACCGGUGGUUGCUCUUCCUUCCCCUCCCACCCCAGGGACCGAGGCAGGGCUUGCUUGCCCCCUGGCUGGCUGGCAUCUUAAAAGAAGGUGGAGUUAGAAAUGGGCUCAGGUUUCUUGAUCCCACCCCAACCCUGUCCCUGCCACACGAGUAUCCAUUCCGGUUUUGUUGAGGCAGACGCUGGUUCCUUGACCCCACCAGGAUCUCCUUUCCCAGUGAGGACGGGGAGACCACGGCUCCUGUUCUUUCAGCUCCCUUGUGUGUACUUUUAUUAGGCAAUAGACUAGUUAAGAAAAUUGUUUCUAUGUACUGUAUAUUUUGUACCUGUUUACACUUCUAAUAUUGAUAUAACUGAUAUUUUGAAAAAAAAAAAAAUGAAGAGGAGACAUCCUGUUAAAAAUAAAACCUAACCAGCACCGAG